CGACGGCCGUGCUUCGCGUACAUAACCGCGAACAUAGGCGCGAGGCACGGCAAAGGAGACCUAGGAUCUACGAAACAUGUCGCGCGAGUGACUAAAAACACGUGAGUGAAAAACUACUACUUAUUUAGCGCAAUGACCCAAAAUGGUCUCCAACACAAGCACGCCAUUUUACCCGGUUACACGCCGAGCUCACGGAGAUCUACUUUUACUCUAUCCACCCACCGAUACUUAGGAUGACCUACAGGACGCUAGGAGGAGGAGAGAAAACCGUAAAAUUAUUUUAAUUUUAAGGUUAAUCCAUUCAACUUACCCCCAUUUAUUGAGCGUACCCCAGCCACUUCCAGCACAUUUAAGUCCCUGUUACCAGGGCUGCUAAUAUUAAUAUAAUAAUUGCGUGGGAGUAACCCCGUUAUAUAUUUAACCACCAGCCCUGUUGCCUUCAGUCGUUCGCCGGGAUACCGACAUACGGUCUUAUAUCUGACAUAUAGUUGUAUUGUGAUAUAACAUACAGUUCUAGUUGCCUAAUUUAGUACCUAAUAGUUUAUCUAAAAAUAUUGCUUUUUAUUUCUUGAAUUGAAUUAGCUGCAUUUUAUACAAAAUGCCCGGAGAUGUCGCGUUGGCGCGGCGUCAAUGGCGCCGGCUGAGCACGCUCGGCUAGGCGCCGAUGCGCGCCUGGCUGCUCGUGUGUGCGGCGCUCGCCUUCGCGCCCGGACCGACGUCGGCGACCGCCGCGCACCCGUCUCGCGUCAGAGACGACCAUAUCAAAGGACAGAUACUCGCCAAGCUGGGGCUUACAUCGAGACCAACGCCGCUGCGCGCGCCGCCUCGAGACGUGGUGCGCAAGAUCCUGCAGCGAGCGGCCGAUCCUGCGCCAGCGCAUACCGACUACACCGAGCCGCAAGACAUGCGGGAAAUCAUCGCCAUAGCGCAUAGAGAGAUUCAGCUCCUUGAAGAGCCCUGUGAUCACAGCAUUUAAAUGAUUUGGAGGCAACAGCGGGCGGCGUGGACGGCAUGUGGCUGAAAGAUGUCUGAGUCUCACAGUCAGGAAAACGUGAACUGUCCUACUGAAGAAGACGUGACUCCUCAAAUAAUGCAGUUCCAUUAUUAACUCGCCAUCGUAGAAUAUAGAUGAAACCAGUCAAUUAAUUAUUACAAAAGACAGUGCCGCAACAUUUUUCAAGUUAUAUUGUGAAAAUAUUAUAGGAGUUGAUACUAUUUACCACUCAGUAUCAACUCCUAUAAUGUUUUCACAAUAUAACUUGAAAAAUGAUUCGGCACUGUUUGUCUUCUCCGUAGUCCAUUUAUUGUAUCUUUUGAUGUAAUGACUGUUUGUUGCCACAAAAAAAAAAACUUAAAAAGUAUAUAAUUAUAUACUCCUAUGAUUGAAAAUCGAAAACGGAGAAUGACGUAUGUUUCACUGAUAAAAAAAAUACAUACGUAUUGCAUAAGCUGCAACUAUACGAUUCAUUUAAGGUAACUGAUUUACUAUAGCUGUAAAUAUGCGAAAAACAGGAACUGUACCUCUAUUCAUACUUUAAAUGCGUGUACUUGAAUAAUGAAUCCUAUGUUAGCAUCGCCAUACGGUUUAUAUUUGUGUCAAAUACAUAGUUAGCUCUAAUUGAUUCACGGUUAUUGUUUUGCCAACAUUAAGAUAACUUACGGCUUAUCAACGCAGCUGCAUCCUUGUUGAAAUGUCGCAGGGAAUUCAGUGAAAUAGGAAAUUAUUCAAAAUGUCCAGAUUGUAACUUAUUUUCAAGACUUCGGGCAUUUAAAAUAUUGAGUUUGGUUGGAUUAGGUUGUGUUAGACGCCAAUCUAUCAAUUCUAAUUUAUUGUCAUCAAUCAAACGAAUAAUUUUACAAUUUAACUUAGUUUUUUUAUAGGCGUAAGGUAUAACGUUUUAAAAGUGAUAAUUUUAUAGGUAUGUUUAUCAUUACUGAAAUGUUUGUGAUUUCUCACAUGGAUACAUGAUCCACCGUUUCUGGUAUGCCAAAACUGUAACAAUUUUGUAAAAAAAUAACUCGCAAUAAACAAUAAAGUCGUAAAA